CUAAAGGGAAGCACAUUCGCUGGCGCCAGAAGCCGCCGCGUGAUCCCUUCACCGCUGGCCGUCGUCGGAAAGACCAACCGAACAUCAUUAUUGCCGUGAGAUGGUCGGAAUCGAGAGACAAAAUGUCAACGCUCGCGAAUCAAUCAAAGCUCAAAGCUCGUUCAACAAUUAUCCCAAGUGGAUACAUAAGCUCCGAGAAAAUUGUUACACGAGGGUUCAGGAGGAUCGAACCCGCUUGCUUUGGAAACUGAGAUCUACACAGGCCAAAGAACACCAGGAAUUUGUAAAAUCAACCUUCCGGGACAUAGUUUCAGAUGAGUUGCAGAAAAUCAAGGUUUUGGCUGAUGAUUUUGAUACUUCAAAAUCUGUUCCAGUGACGGAUGAGAUGUUAUGGGAAUAUGAUGGCCUUCACUCUGUGUAUCAAGGUGAUUGCGAGGAAAUGUUGUUGGAGAUGCAAAGAAUAUUCUACGAGGAUGUUCGUGAGAGAGAAACAAGAACAGAAGAAGGCUGCAGUGCAAGCUGGGAAGAUGAAGAAGAUGAGUACCUGGCCCGUGCAGUUUAUGAAAAUAUGAAACUAAAUGAUGAGCAGGUGGCGAAUGUGGUUUGGUGCCCAAUCUGCAAGCAGGGAGAGCUGAAAGAGACCAUUCAUCUAAUUAGUUGCAAUCAGUGUGGCAUUAGACUCGAAAGAUGUGAUGAGGUUAAUCUGGAGGUACUUCGGAACAGGUUAGCCGGUGCUCAUUCUGAGCAUCUGGACAGAGGCUGCAGAAUAAAACCUGAAUUCUCUGCUGAAUCAAAAUUCGGACUGACCGCAAUUUAUAUCAGGUGUCGGCACUGCAAUACUUUUGAAGUUGUUAUAUAGGCACAUUAUUUCCUCUGGUUUUUUUAAAUCUCCACUCUAUGUUAACAUUUGUUAGGCCAUGGUCUAAAUCUGGUGCCAAGUUUGCAAUAGCUUUGUCUUAUC